CCACAUCCAAAUCCACCUCCCAACAAACCCAACUCCAAAAACCAAAAAAAAUGACCCCCCCAAAAACCACAGCCUACAUCACCCGCACCCAAAACUGGGACCCAGCCCGGGCGCACCCCGCCAUGGCCUGGAUGGAAAAAUGCACGCACGCCUGGGACACGCGGCAGAGCUGGACAACGCCCUACACAGACUGGGUGACCCCAGAUUUUGUGUUCGUUAAACCCAACGGCGAGCGGUGCGAGGGCGGGCUCGCCGCGUGGGAGGAGAUGCGGCAAGAGUACGCGGUGUUUGCGCGGUCCCACCACGAGCCCAGCUGGGUGUGCGUGGUGGACUGUGAUGAUGAGGGCGGUGGAUGGGAGUUUGUCGGCGAGGGGAAGUUGUUUAUUGAUCUGCCCGACGGGAAGAUUCCUGGGGAGAAGAAGGCCAAGGAUUUGGAUGGACAAGAGUGGGAUCUGGGCGUGGAGAGUAUGUUUCGGUUUCGGUUUGUGCACACCUCAAAUGAGCUGAAUGAGGGGAUUCGGAUCAAGCAGUUCCAGUUUUAUAGUGAUAGUGGGCCGGUGGUGGCGGAGAUGGUGAGGAGGGGGGUCGUGAGGGUGGAGGAUUUGUUUGGGUAGAUUCUGGGGAUCUUGGGGGUGAACUUGGAAGGGAGGGGUGGGCUUUGAAGGGGGGGUAAUUUUGUGGAAUAACUUUGUCUUUUUGGGGGUUGCUGCAGGAUCGUGUGUUGGUAUUUCCUUCAUCUGAGUUUAUGAUGGCUAGCAAAUGCUUACAUUGCCUAGUUUUAUGAUUUUGCG